AUGCUUAGCAUCUAUUUAUACGCACCCCAACCCCAGCCCAUUGCCUCACAAACCCACAUCUUACUCUCUCUCUCUAGGAAAAUGUCUCUUCUCGUGUUUUUCAUGGUGGGCUUUCUCUCUCUACUCUCAUCUGUUCAUGGGUAUGAUGAGGGAUGGACUAAUGCUCAUGCCACUUUCUAUGGAGGUGGUGAUGCUUCUGACACAAUGGGUGGGGCCUGUGGUUAUGGGAACCUAUAUAGCCAAGGAUAUGGUACCAACACAGCUGCUUUAAGCACAGCCCUGUUCAACAAUGGUUUGAGCUGUGGGGCUUGUUUUGAGAUUAGGUGUGUGGAUGACCCAAGGUGGUGCCUCCCUAGCUCUAUUGUGGUCACAGCCACCAAUUUCUGCCCUCCUAACAAUGCCCUUCCUAACAAUGCUGGUGGCUGGUGCAACCCUCCCCAAGAGCAUUUUGACCUCUCUCAGCCUGUAUUCCAGCAAAUUGCUCAGUACACAGCUGGGAUUGUUCCUGUGGCUUACAGAAGGGUACCCUGCCAGAAGAGAGGGGGAAUUAGAUUCACCAUAAAUGGCCACUCUUACUUCAACUUGGUCCUAAUCACCAACGUUGGAGGUGCUGGUGAUGUCCAUGCUGUUUCCAUAAAAGGGUCAAGCACUGAUUGGGAACCAAUGUCCAGAAACUGGGGUCAAAAUUGGCAAAGCAACUCUUACCUCGAUGGACAGAACCUCUCUUUCAAGGUCAUCACAAGUGAUGGCAGCACAGUUUUCUGCAACAAUGUUGUCCCUCCUGGCUGGUCCUUUGGCCAAACCUUCACCGGUGACCAAUUCACCUAAAUAACUAAAAUCCACCACCACCUCCUCUGCCAAAUUUAUCAGCCCCUCAGUAGUAAGUCGAGUUUCGUUCUCAGUCACGGAAAUAGCUUUUGUCACAUGAUAACCACGCACAUCUGAUUCUUUCAGACCAGUAGUGACGGGCAGCUCGUGCACUAAAUUGUCCUGUAUUAGUGUUAGUGUGUUAAAGUGAAGAAUAGGUGAGUUAUAAGAUCGAGUCAGUUUUUAGGUCCAAAAAAUGAGUGAGGGCUUAUUUUAAGGAGGUGCUCAUCAUUUUUAGGUCAUUUAUCAAGUGUUUCUGUCUGCGUAUUUUUAACGGGCAGAAAAGGGCAGUGGUGGGAGGUUUGACCACCCGCCAUUUACUUCAUAGUUGGUUAGUGCAUUGGUCAUUUAAAAUGUUUCAACCUUUGUUGGGAAGGUAAUUUCGUUUGUAUGUGAAUGAAAUCAAUCAGCAAACGCUGAAAUUGGAACUUGGAAGAGUUCUUGGUUAGGGUGUUGAGUCUGAUGUCAGAUUAUGAGCCGUUAUUGUAGUUUGUUUUCUUUAUCUCUGAUAAUAAAGGUGCAGAGGG